AUGAUUGCCUCAAGAUCUGCCUCUGGGAUCAAACUGGAUGGAAAUGGAUACACAAACAUUCUCUUUGCCAUCAACCCAGCUGUGCCUGAAGAUCCUCAGCUCAUUGAAAGAAUCAAGGACAUGGUCACUGAAUCUUCACAAUACCUCUUUAAAGUUUCCCAUAGCAGAUUUUACUUCAAAAGGGUUAAAAUAUUAGUUCCCCCUAAAUGGUCAAAGGGACAGUAUUCUAGAGGACGGACAGAAACAUAUGACAAGGCAAACAUAAUUAUUGAUGAACCAAACCCAUUACAUGGAAAUGAUCCAUACACUGCACAACAUGGCGGAUGUGGAGAACCAGGAAGAUAUAUUCAUUUAACCCCAAGCUUCCUGUUAGAUGACAAUCUCAUGCAAGCAUAUGGACCACGAGGUAGAGUCUUUGUCCAUGAAUGGGCGCAUCUCCGAUGGGGUGUCUAUGAUGAAUAUGAUAAGGAGAAACCAUUCUACAUGUCAGGAGACAUUAUUGAAGCAACAAGAUGUCCCAAAACCAUCACAGGUAGUGUGGCUUUUGCCUCCAAACCACACAACUCUAUGAAAUCUUGCCCUCUUGACAACAAUACUGGUCUGCCUACAGUGGACUGUGCAUUCUACCCUGCCAUGCAUCAAAAUGCACCAGCAUCUGUAAUGUACCUUCCAGGUUUAGAUCCUACCGGGUUCUGUGAUGAAACCAGUCACAAUACAGAGGCACCAAACAAGCAAAACCGAAUAUGCAACUACAGAAGUGUUCAGGAGGUGAUUGAUCUGUCUGAAGACUUCAAAAGAUCUGUACCAAUGGAAACUUCCACUCCUCCAGAGACAAAGUUCACAGUGUUAAAGAGGAGCAGACGGGUCGUCUGCCUUGUCCUGGAUGUGUCAGGAAGCAUGUCUGGUGAUAGAAUAUUAAGACAACGACAAACUGCUUCAAUUUUCCUACGGAGGACAAUUGAGGAGAAGUCCUUCGUUGGCAUUGUAACAUUUACCAAUACUGCUGAGAUCCAUGAACAUCUGACCUUGAUCAAUGGUGAAACAACAAGAGAGGCUCUUGUACUUCGUAAUGAUAAUGGAGACACAACAGGGGAUGAAAUUAUUUUCCUAACUGAUGGAGAGUCUGAAAUAACCUGCUUCGAAAGGGUUGCUCAGAGUGGUGCUAUUGUGCAGACAAUUGCUCUUGGCCCUUCUCCAAAUGCAAUUCUACAAACCAUGUCUGAAAUCUCAGGAGGAAAAUAUUUUGUAGCCAGUGAAAGGUUGGAUACCAUUGAACUUCUGGAUGUCUUUGCAUCACUUACAACAUCUGAUGGUGAUCUUACACGACAGACAAUUCAGCUUGAGAGCGCCGGGGAGAGAACAGAUGGAAAUGGCUUGUUCAAUGGGAUUGUUUCUGUUGAUAAAACCGUUGGAAAUCAUACUACAUUUUUGGUUAUUUAUGAAAAAAACCCACCCAACAUCAUGAUAAUCAGCCCAAGCGGAACUCCCUAUCAAAUAUCAAAUUUCAAACACGAUGCCACCGAAAAAGUGCUGUCUCUGGAGAUUCCAGGAACGGCUGAGACAGGAGAUUGGGAGUACAGCCUCCAUAACACAAUGACAAGUCCUCAGUCACUGACGAUGACAGUGACCAGUCGUGCUGCCAGAGCAGAUGUUGCUCCUGUCACAGUUAAGGCCCACAUGAGCCAGCAGUCCAGUGAUGGAAGCAAACCCAUGGCAGUGUUUGCAGAGGUGAAUCAGAAAGGAGUCCCUGUGACUCUGGCAGAUGUAUGGGCCACAAUUGUAUCAAGUACUGGAGACAAAGAAGAGCUACAGCUUCUGGAUAAUGGCGCAGGAGCUGAUAUUCAGAAACAUGAUGGCAUCUACUCUAGAUAUUUUACCAACUUGAAAGAUGGAAAGCAUAACCUGAAGGUGCGAGUAAAGGGGCGAGAGCACAAAGCCACAGCCAACACCGCGCAAAGCCGUGCAAUGUACUUACCUGGAUAUGUGAUUGAUGGAGAGGUGAAACUGAACCCACCGAAGCCUACAGUCAGUGCAGACAACCUGCAGGUGGAUGUGGGCAACUUCAGCAGGACAGCUAUAGGGGAGAGCUUCAUUGUCUCUCUCCCUCCGGGUGUACCCCCUCCAAAAUUCCCUCCCAGUAAAAUCACAGAUCUGACUGCAAAAAUAGAGGAGGACCAGGUGUUCCUUAAUUGGACUGCUCCUGGGGAAGAUUUAGACCAGGGAACAGCCACAGCCUAUGAGAUUCGUAUGAGUGAAGACUUUGAGCUACUCAGGACCAAUUUCAGUGAUGCACAGUUGAUCAACACUUCUGGCCUCCCACCACAAGAGGCAGGCUCUAUGGAGGGCUUCUCAUUUAUUUUAGAUGGUAUCACCAUGAAAAAUGGAACAGUCUUAUUCUUUGCUAUAAAAGCUGAAGAUAAGCAUUAUUUAAAAUCAGAGGUCUCUAAUAUUGCCCAAGCAUCAAAGAUUGUGGAGUCAGACAUUGUGGAGACUCUUGUGGAGGAUGCAAAUAUUACCACUCCUAUGAGGGCGCUGAUGCAGAUGACCGACCAGGGUCUUCUCCUGGGGCUGGCCUUUCCACCCCCAGAGCAGGGGCCCUCAUGCCGUGGUUGA